AUGUGUUCUUCAGAAGCUAGGGCGUACCCCAGAAGCGACGCGCAUUGUCCUCGCCCGGGCGAUGUGGCAAAUAUACGAGGGCUACCGGCUAGAGGACGAAGCCGGCCAAAGAAGUUAGUCCGCCAUCGCCAGCAACAUCCAGUGCGCUUGGCAACACUUAACGUUGGGACGCUUACUGGAAGAAGUCGUGAACUGGCAGACAGUCUCAGAAAACGCCGUGUUGACAUAUGCUGUGUACAGGAGACACGCUGGAAAGGCUCCAAGGCAAGGGAAUUAGGCGAUGGCUACAAGCUGAUCUACCACGGCACAUCAAAUCGCAAUGGCGUUGGUAUCAUAUUGAACGAGUCGUUUAGAAAUUGCGUCACAGCGGUGGAUCGACUAUCGGAUCGCUUGAUGGCUGUAAAAGUAGAUACAGGAGAAGUGGAAUUGCGACUCGUCUCUGCUUAUGCGCCAGGCUGUAGUGAAGAAGAGAAGGCAAGCUUUUGGGAGGAUCUGGAGCAGUACGUCCAAUCCCUGGAAAGCGAAGAAAUACUUUUAAUCGGAGGAGACUUCAACGGACAUGUCGGUUCUCGGAAAGACGGAUUCGAGAGUUGUCAUGGUGGAUACGGCUAUGGAGCUCGUAACGACGACGGGUUGCGAAUCCUGGAGUAUGCUGUUGCAAGUGACUUGAUCAUUGCUAACACGCAGUAUCGAAAAAAAAAAUCGCAUUUGAUCACGUACACCAGCGGCGGUCGUGAAACACAAAUAGAUUUCUGGAUGUUACGCCGAGGAGAUCGCCGACUUCUGCAGGAUUCAAAAGUCAUCCCUACAGACCAUGUCGCUGCCCAACACCAUCUGCUCGCUAUGGACUUGAAAAUCUCCCGUCUAAGGAAGAGACAUCCAAGGACUGAAACACAGCGCAUCAAAUGGUGGAAUCUGAAGGAUCGAAAGGAGGUAUUUUUCGCGUCCGUGGCUCCAUCUACACUUCCCCACCCUACUCGUAGUGUGGAGGAAAUGUGGUCGUCUACUUCCAGCGUUAUACGCUUGACUGCGGAAAACACUCUGGGAAAGACGACUCUAGGUAAGCCAAAGGUACAAAAGGCUACGUGGUUUUGGAACGAGGAAGUUCAGGCGGCAAUUCGUGAGAAGAAGUCCAAGUAUAAGCUCUGGUGGAGGACGCGUCAGCCUGAAGAUCGGGGUGCUUACCUAGCGGCGAAGAGGGAGGCUAAGAAAGCAGUCUCCAAGGCGAAGUCGGACCGCUACAAGGCUGUGUACGACAUGCUUGAUACCAGAGAAGGCGUGCGGGCAGUGUAUCGUUUAGUCAGAGCGCGUCAUCGCUCAACGUUGGAUAUAGAGCACACCAAGAUCGUUAAGGGAGCUGAUGGAGCCGUUCUGCGCCGCUCUGGUCAGAUCCUGGAGAGGUGGCGAGAGUACUACAAUCACUUGUGUAACGAAGAGUUCUGUCAUCCUCCCAUCCCAACCGUUCCCAGCGUUGAGGGUCCUGUUCUACCAAUUACUGCCGUCGAAGUCAGUGCUGCCCUCGCAAAAAUGAAGUCGAACAAGGCAACCGGUCCUGACAUACCUGCUGAUACUCUAUUUAACAAGAUCGUUGCAGAAGAACGGACUCCAGACGUUUGGCAAACUUCCGUGACCGUGCCUGGAAAGGGAAAGGAGACAUUGCUGACUGCACCUCGUACAGGCCUAUACGACUGCUCUGCCAUACAAUGA